UGGCGACCUUUACGUGUUUUAGCUGCCAGGCUUCAUGCUUACAGCACCAGGAGUACCAGCAUGGCUUACAGUGCGAAGAUCGGUCCGUCCAUCCUGAGCAGCGACCUGUCCUGUCUGGGCAGCGAGUGUGUGCGGAUGAUGGAGUGCGGCUCAGAUUAUCUGCACCUGGACGUCAUGGACGGGCACUUUGUACCCAACAUCACAUUUGGUCAUCCCAUGGUGGAGUGCUUGAGGAAGUCAGUAGGCCAAGAGCCUUUCUUUGACAUGCACAUGAUGGUGUCUCGGCCGGAGCAGUGGGUGAAGCCGAUGGCAGCAGCAGGAGCCAACCAGUACACCUUCCACUUAGAGGCCACCACCAACCCCGGGAACCUCAUCAAAGAGAUAAAAGAGAGCGGCAUGAAGGUGGGUUUGGCCAUAAAGCCCGGCACCACGGUGGAGGAGCUCGCCCCCUGGGCUAAUCAGAUCGACAUGGCUCUGGUCAUGACUGUUGAACCUGGCUUUGGAGGCCAGAAAUUCAUGGAGGAUAUGAUGCCAAAGGUGAGCUGGCUGCGGAGUCAGUUCCCUUCAUUAGACAUCGAGGUAGACGGAGGGGUCGGCCCGGACACCAUUCACAAGUGUGCAGAGGCCGGGGCCAACAUGAUCGUGUCCGGCAGCGCCGUGAUAGGCAGCGACGACCCUCGUUCCGUCAUCGCUCUCCUGCGCACCGUGGUGGCCGAAGCAAUCCAGAAACGCUCGCUGGACCGCUGAGCUUGUCCCGUUGAUGGACGACCCCUCUACCUGCCCGUCCCAGCAACCACACCACAGCAGCAGUAGUGGCCAGUGGAGACGACUCAAUACGGACAUUUCUGGGCUAGAGGUCGAGGGUCACCGUCCGAGCAGGGAGGGCUUCGGUUGGAAGCGCGAGCUGACGGCCAAAUUCAAAUCACUUUGAUGUGAGUGAAGCUGCAUUGUGCCUCUACAACACUGAACUUCAUCCUCUGCUGCCACUGUCUCCUUUCCGAACAGUUUACUUAAAACGAGUCUCAUCUCAGCACGGGAACAGCGAUUCCCGUCAGGACCGGAGCUAAGGUCGCCCUGAUAAACUCUGUAAACAUUCCUGAAUAUUGUUUUGACUGUACAUUUGAGUCUAUAAAUCAUUUCUCAAAAUACGACCCGAGAAGCACUUUGUUUAGCACAGCUUUGGUUUUGCGAGUUAUUUUUUUUUUUUAACUUCUAUCUCAAAUCAUCUUUCAUAGAUCCAAAAAAAAAACUAUUUUGGCUCAAUCACUAUUUUGUUGAAGUCCCAAGCUACUCUCUGUACUACUGAGCAAAGAUACUGUACUCUACUACUAAAUUCCACGAGAUUUGGUUUUGCAGAUUAAAAGGCCUCAAGUGAAGUGAAAUGUGUGUUCUUUGCACUUUGAACUAGAAUGUGGUUCAUAUCCGCCAACAAAGAAAAUAAAGAAGUAAACUUUGUGAAAA